UAUUGCGCGAAAAAAAACCCCCCGUAAACGCCUUUUGGCGCCUCUCUCUUUCCGUAGACGCGGAAGUGACGGUUCGCAACGAGCCUGGACCGGCGUGACAUUCAGCGGGUCGUAUGACGUCCCGUGUUGGGGGGGGAUUGUGUAAAGCACCGCGGCCGCUCUUUUCCCCGACCUACCUACGCGUUGGCAAAAUGAGAGUGCUAAAAACAACGCUGACACUGGGGAAAACGCAUCUUUUGGCACCGAAGACCGUCACUGUAAAAAAGGUGCUCAUCAAUAGCUGUCGGACGUGUUCCUCCGGCAUCUUUCCCAAUGAGAGGAUCCGCAACAUUGGGAUCUCUGCUCACAUCGACUCGGGGAAGACCACCCUGACUGAGCGCGUCCUGUAUUACACAGGCCGGAUAGCAGAGAUCCAUGAGGUGAAGGGGAAGGAUGGUGUCGGGGCCACCAUGGACUCCAUGGAGCUGGAGAGACAGAGAGGCAUCACAAUCCAGUCAGCUGCCACAUACACCGUGUGGAAAAAUCACAACAUCAACAUCAUCGACACACCAGGCCAUGUGGACUUUACUAUUGAGGUGGAGCGAGCGCUGCGCGUGCUGGAUGGAGCAGUGUUGGUCCUGUGUUCAGUGGGAGGGGUCCAGUGUCAGACCAUGACUGUUAACAGACAGAUGAAACGCUACAAUGUCCCCUUUCUCACCUUCAUCAACAAACUGGACCGCAUGGGUGCCGAUCCCAAUCGAGCACUGCAGCAGAUGAGAACCAAACUCAACCACAAUGCAGCCUAUGUGAACAUUCCCAUUGGUUUGGAGGGAAACAUGAGUGGCAUCAUAGACCUUAUAGAGGAGCGCAGCAUGUACUUUGAAGGACCCUUUGGUCAAAAUAUUCGGUAUGAUGAGAUCCCUGCAGACUUCCGUGCUGAGGCCACAGACCGAAGGCAGGAGUUGGUGGAGUGUGUGGCCAACGCUGAUGAAACCUUGGGCGAAAUGUUCUUAGAGGAAAAGAUUCCCACCAUCGAUGACCUUAAGGCGGCUAUUCGCAGGGCAACGGUGCAGCGUCUCUUCAGCCCAGUCCUGGUGGGCACAGCACUGAAAAAUAAAGGGGUCCAGCCUCUCCUUGAUGCUGCACUGGAGUACUUGCCCAACCCCACAGAAGUCAAAAACUAUGCCAUCUUCAAUGAAGACGACUCCAGUGACACCUCAAAGAUUCUGAUGGACCCGGCAAGAGACCCCUCAAUCCCCUUUGUUAGCCUUGCCUUCAAAUUAGAGGCGGGGAGGUUCGGUCAGCUGACAUAUGUGCGGGUGUACCAGGGCUGUCUGAAGAAGUCCGAGUACAUCUACAACACACGUACAAACAAGAGGGUCCGCAUACAGAGGCUUGUGCGCCUUCACGCUGACCAGAUGGAGGAUGUAGAUGCGGUGUAUGCUGGAGACAUUUGUGCUCUGUUUGGAGUUGACUGUGCCAGCGGAGAUACUUUCACAUCGAGCAGCAAUUCUAAUCUCUCUAUGGAGUCUAUUCACGUACCAGAGGCUGUCAUUUCCAUGUCCAUGAAGCCAGUCAACAAGAUGGACUUGGAUAAGUUCUCCAAAGGUAUCAACCGCUUCACCAGGGAAGAUCCAACAUUCAGAGUCAAUUUUGACACAGAGAGCAAGGAAACCAUCAUAUCGGGCAUGGGAGAGCUGCAUCUGGAGAUCUAUUCCCAGAGAAUGGAGCGGGAGUACAGCUGCCCCUGUCUGAUGGGAAAGCCCAAAGUAGCGUUCAGAGAGACAAUCACGAGUGCUGUACCGUUUGACUUCACCCAUAAGAAGCAGUCUGGUGGAUCUGGGCAGUAUGGUAAAGUUAUUGGUGUUUUGGAGCCCCUGGAGUCAGAAGACUACACCAAGCUGGAGUUUGAGGACCAGACCAUUGGAACUAAUGUCCCCAAACAGUUUGUGCCAGCUGUUGAGAAGGGGUUCAGAGACGCUUGUGAGAGAGGGCCCCUGAGCGGACACAAGAUCUCCGGCGUUAGGUUCUUGCUGGAAGACGGAGCAAACCACAUGGUGGAUUCAAAUGAAAUAUCCUUUAUUCGUGCAGGAGAGGGCGCUGUUAAACAAGCAAUGGAGAAGGCCAACACUGUCAUCUUAGAGCCCAUCAUGUCUGUGGAAAUUGUGGCGCCGCAGGAAUUUCAGGGAGCCGUCAUUGCAGGGGUCAACCGUCGCCACGGUGUCAUUACAGGGCAGGAUGGGACAGAUGGAUAUUUCACACUGUAUGCUGAUAUUCCUCUAAACGAUAUGUUCGGCUACGCCACAGAGCUGCGCUCCUGUACAGAGGGAAAAGGGGAGUACACCAUGGAAUAUAGCAAAUACCAGCCCUGCCUGCCAGCCACACAAGAGGAGAUCAUCCAUAAGUACCUGGAAGCUACAGGCCAGCUACCUGCCAAGAAGAACAAGUGGAAGAGCUGAAAACAGUUGACACACCCCAAACAGCAAACUGGACUCAGGCAUGAUAAACCUCCCCUAUGUGUCCGCACACCCAAACACACACACACACACACACACACACUUCAAGUUAUAGUUUGAGGAUGACCCUUAUUUUCAGAGAAUUCAAAUACGUUCAGAAUUCACAACUCAUAAUCUUGCAUUGUAUAUAUUUGCAUUGUAUCUUCAUGCCUGGUCACUAAUCCAGGUAAGACAAUCGAAGAAGGUAUAAUCGGUUCAUCUGGAUACAGCGUUUAUCGACGGAUACACCUUCACCGCCGGCGAGCAGGAAUGCGAGCAGGAGAGCUGAGCACGUAAGUCUCUUCCUGCCAGUACAUAGCCUCUCCAACAGCAAGCCCUAUGUAGUGCCUCCUCGUGGCGACACACGGUAACUGGGUACACCUUGGACCCUGGCUGGACUACAAGGGACUCGGAGGAGAUCUGGCCUCUAGAUGUGCGGUACGCAGGCCCCACCGGUGUGUGGAUAUUCCCUGAUGCCCACGAACCAGCCCCCAGCUAUGGGGUAAAUAGUGCCACUGCUUAGUGGAUACCUCGGGGGAGGAAUAGGCUCCAGGAGUAAACCCCUACAGAAAAUCAACAUCCACAGUGCUGUUGUGUUUUGUUUUUCUUGCCCUUGUGUAUCUGUCUAAGUGGGAUAGUAAACAUGGCCAUUGUAACUCUAGUCACACCCAUAUUUGCAUAUGAAACUGGUUGUUGGUUUUGGUCGUUAUCGGGAAUCAGGAGCAUUUACUUGUCAUUUCAUCCCAUGCACCUGCGUACGUGAAAUGACAUGAAAUAUCAGUUCCCCCAGCCCACAGAAGUGCAACACAAAGACGAAAACACAUAUAUAGAACACAUAUGUACAAACUCCAAAAAAAAAUUACCAAAACACAUGUAUCCAACAUAUGCUACUGUGUUGCUUAUAAGGGUGGGGAUACCUGUAGAGGUCCCUUAGUUGAGCGAUGAAACGUAUCUGUCGAUAAACGAUGUAUCCAGAUGAACUGAUUCAACCGUCUUUGAUAUUUGCGCGAUAGUUGUUCCUGAAUUUCUCCCUGUAUGUCUGGCCCCCAUGGAAACAUGUAAUUUAUAAUUAUUUUCACUCAAUUUGCCUCCGCUCUCUGCAGCCAGCAUCCUGCAGAAAGAUAUUACCAUGAAGAUGUGACGCGAGCUCAGUCUUUGAAGUUGAGUCAUUACUGACAAUUUUGUACUAUGUACAGAAUGUUAUGAUAAAUAAAAUGUUUCUA